AUGUUUCAGUGGAACUGGAAGGAAUUUUUGAUAAAUCCGGAUCUGGUUGCUGAUGUCCAGCAACUUCAGGCGAUGCUGGAGAAUACUCAAGUUUCGGAAGCUGAAGACCGUUGGGUAUGGUUACCCGACUCGUCAAGGGAAUUCUCGGUUAAGGCUGCUAGGCUCUUGAUUCGUGCGAAUGUCGACAUAAGUGAUCGCUACAUCAUGGAUUGGUGUAAUUGGAUCCCUGCCAAGGUGAAUAUUCAUUUAUGGCGAACGGAGUUGGGGAAAAUUCCAACUAAAGUCACUCUUAAAAACAGAAACGUUCUUCUUGACGAUCCCGUUUGCCCGUUGUGUGGAUCGGAGGAAGAGACUGUUGAUCAUUUAUUCAUUGGGUGUCACGUGGCUUCGGUCGUUUGGAACGGUAUAAGCGUUUGGUGUAAGAUUCCAAAUAUUUUUGCCUUUACGGUUCGGGAUCUCCUUGGCAUAUUUAAGGAGCUAACAGUGUCGGAUAGGAAGAAAGAAGCAGUCCAAGGUAUCAUAAUGAUAGCGUGCUGGAACAUUUGGCGGGCUAGGAACAAUUUUGUUUUUGCUAACAAGCCGGUCAAGAUUGAUAAAAUUAUCAGCGAGGUUAAAGCUUUGGGUCAUUUUUGGUUCUCCAAUAGGUCUAAGUAUAAAGACAUAGAGUGGGGAGAUUGGUGCUCUUUUGUAAAUAUGUAA